AUGGCUGCGAUCUUAAUUGCCUGCGCAAUUAUCUCAUGCCUUGCUAGUGCAGUAAAAAUUGUUCAAUCAUUCAAGACAGAGGUUAUCCAGAACCCAAUCACAUCUGGACAUGGAAAAGGUUUCUGGGAUUUCUGCUCAUUCUCUAGUGUUGAUUCAAUGACAAUUAGAUACGAAAGAGGACCAAAUUACGUUAAUAACUAUCUUAUACCGUCUGUAAUUGGCAAGUCCAAGUGCAAGAAGGUUGUUGAGAACAAGCAAGAAAUUGUUGACUAUCUCAAUGCUCUUGUUGACAAUGAGGGUUACGAGUUCGAAGCAGCUUCUAAGUCUCUUACAGCUAUUGUUUACAACAAGGCCACACUUGAAAUGUUCAUGUGGAUUUACACCUUCACACCAGUCACCAUCAACCAGAAGAGUGCUCUCCGUAUCGAGUCCAUGCGCUUAGAACUCUAUGGCUGCAGACUCGCCGCCGACUGGACAUUAUACAACACAGUUACAUCCUCCAUGUUGAAGAUGAAGAACGUUGUUGAAGUUCAGUACAAGGAUGCUGCUAUCUCACCAGACAAGAUUGUCGAUGCUAUGGCUAUUGCUUUCGCUCCAGUCUACUUCGGCAUCAUCAGAGUUCCAUCUGGCUUCCUCGAUGUCCUUAAGGAUGCUGUUAAGAAGUCCAUCGACACACCAACAGAACUUCCAGGCUCUUACACACCAGAGCAGAUGAAGUACUCCGAGGCUCAGUACAACGCCAUGAUCGAGCGCCAGAAGCAGCGUGAUGCCCAGGCAAUCGAGGGCAUCAAGGAGAUCGGCGAUGCAGUCGCUAAAUUAGGUAAGUAA